AUGCCUGUGAAGAGUAAAGCUAGCUUUUUGGAGGCAUAUAAUAGCCUCACGGACAAACAUUUGGUAAACUAUUUUUCUACAUCUCGGAUGAGACGGCAUCUCAUAAACAAUGGACUGAUUACAGAGAAUGGUGAAGUCAUACCGGAAUCGGAAUAUAAAGAGACAAAAAUUCGUGAAAAUCUAAAACGCGCCUUUUUAGAAGUUAUUGCUCAUGCUAUGGUUGAAAAAUCACUAGAAGUAGAACGUUUACGCCAGGGAAAAUUACAAAGGGAUUUAGAGGAAUUAUGUCGCUUAAACAGAGUUAAGCGGUUGAGAGAAGAACGUCAACAACGUUCAGAAGAAGCGAUACUAUCUAAGUUAGUAAUCAACAGUCCAAGAUCAAUAGAGAAAUCAGAAUUUUUAGAAACACACUACCCAGAUAAUACGACUAAUCAAAAUAAUCAACAAAAGAUAAACAAGAAAAAAUCCACAAAAAGAAAACAUUCUCAAAAGAAUAAACAAUUUCAUCAUCAAAUCAUUACGUCAUCAAUAAUGCCUUAUUCAUCAGAAUAUUCUUAUUAUUAUCGACAACCAAAGUCUCCAUUUCAUAGAUUAUCCAAUUCUUCAAAUAUUAAAAUAAACAAUAAACAAUUAAGAACUUUUACUAAACAUUCUAAACAUCAUCAUAAUAAUAAUCAUAACCAGUCGAAGGAUAGAGAUAUUCAAGGAGAUCAACAUACAAAAACAAUUGAUGAUUUCCAUAAUGAGAAUACUAGUCAUAAUGCUUCAGAACAAGUGGAUGAUUAUAAUAUUUGUCGAAAUAAUAAUAAAGAGGUUAGAGAAGCAAGAAAAACAUUGAAUCAGUAUAGGCUGCCUUCUCAGACUGAAGUAAAACAAACUUCAUGUAUUGUCAAAUUUAUGUAUCUUGGUAUAUCAAGUACAGAAGAGUCAAAAAUACAACAUACAAUUGAUCAACAAAAGAAUAAGAAAGAAGAAAAGAAUUCUAUGAAUAAUAAUAAUGAUACUAAUCAAUCAUUGUCACGUUUAAUCACAGUAAUUCAACAACCAAAUGGUGGUAAUACACAUACUCUUUUUAAAGGUCUACUUCAACCAGGUGAUACAUUCCAGAUUAUUUCGAAACGAGUAUAUGGUUUUCCGUUUUCACUAACUAUUUAUGUUGAUGGUACACAGGAUACACGUAUUAGUGCAUGUUGUGAGUAUCGGCAUAGACAAGGAGCUCGUAUUGGUGGAAAACAUGGCCAUUUUGUCUAUUUAUCUGUUGAAGGUUCAUUUCCAUGCUUUAGAUGUCGAGCACUUAAAAAGCUGAAACAACGACAACAACAAGAAAAGAUGAAAAGAAAAGAAAAAUUCACCGCUGAUGAAAAUGAUAACAAAAUACAACAGGAAGAAGCAGAUGAAUAUGACAAUAGUGAUGAUUUGAAAGUUUAUGAAGAUGAUUUUGAAACAGAAGACAAAAAAAUUAAUGAAGAUGGCGAUUACAAUGAAGUAGAAGAAGAAAAAUUGGAAGUUGUUCAACCAUCAGGAAUAAAUAAAGUAGAUAUCAUCACAUUGAAUCGUGAGAAUACACUUUCAUCUAUUCACAAUAAUGAUUUCGAUCCACUUAGUUCUUUGUCGACAAUCUCAAGGCAUAAUUGUCGAGAAGAUUAUCAUUUGUCUUCAAUAGAACCUGAAAAAACAGAUGAUUCCAAAGAUAAUAAAAGAAAUGGUUAUGAUGAAAUCAAUUUUAUGGAAUAUUUUCAAGCUGCUUUACAUUCACUUGUCUUGAAUGAAAAUAAUAUUAAUGGUUGUUUACGUUGUAUAAUAUGGUUAAGUAUCUCACCUAAAAAAUGUACCCAAAUGGAAUAUGAUAAUGAUGAUGAUGAUGAUGAUGAUCCAAAGGAAUUAACCAAGAAAAAUCAAUUUUGUGAAGCAAUUAUUAGACAACAGGAUGAAGAAUUAAUGCGCCUUGUUUUACCACAACCGAAUACUGGUGAUAAAUUGAAACUGCGCUGGCCAUUGAAUGAUUUGAAGAUUACAGAUAAAAUCAAAUAUGUUGAUUUUUGUAAUUUGUCGAAUGUUUUAAGCGUACCUCUAUCUGAUGUUGAAAAACUUGAGCUGUCUUUAGAAAUACCAGAAGAGGAUAUCAUGUAUAAAUUUGUGGAACAUUCAUCAUUAAAAGAUGAUCGUUUGAUUACAUUCAGAAAUCCUUUGAAAAUAAUCCUUGAAGAUGAAGAAAAUGAUGAAAUGAAUAGUUAUUCACUGUUACGAUUUCUAUAUGAAUUAAAUAACGGGUGUAAUGAUGAUAUAGAAAAUGAAAAUCCAACUGAACGUUUUGAAAAUAUCAAAGAUGAUUAUGACAGUGGAAAAUCAAGUGAAUCGUCUCCUCCAGUAUCACCGUCACUUGCUGAAAAAAAGAUUAAAUCACCUGUAAAGAAAAAGAAAAAUUCCGAUUCAUCAUCGUCUUCAUCGUCAUCCUCCUCUUCAUCAUCAUCGUCAUCGUCGUCAUCAUCAUCAUCAUCAUUGCAUUCACCUUCUUCAAAGUUGAAAUCAUCUAAAAUCACUUCAACAAAUAUCUUCUCAAAUCAAUCGAACAGUCCAUUAACACCAGACACUUUAACACCAACAUUUGAAAAGGAAUCUGAAAAUCAACCAUCUAUCAUAGAACAAGAAUUAAAUCGUUUAAAUCAAACUGAUGAAAUACUUGAUUUAGAAUGGAUAAAUCUAUGUGAAAAUAAGACUGUUGAAUGUUCUAUUGAAAAUACUACAACUACUGUUAAUUAUGAAAAUAUGGAAAGGAAUGAUAGUACUGAAUCAUUGGAAAAUAACACGAAACAAGAUCCUACUAUUACUUCAGUUAUUCACAAUGACAAUGUUUAUCAAAACUCUGAAUUCCAGUCAUCAUCAUCAUCAGUAACAAGUGGUCAGUCUAUGGAAUUAAAUUCAUCAUUAUACAAUAAGAAUCAAGUUGUAGACGGUAUUUCUCAGCAUUCUUUACCUACAUCAUCAUCAGUGCUGCCUUCGUCUACUAUUAGUUCAUCAUCAUCACCUCCUCCAGUCUUUACUACUACUCUGAUUGGCCUAGAAAAACCACAACUAUCGUCCAAUUCUUCGAUUGAUGAGGAUAUUUCAUUAAAAUCAAUUGAUUCAAAGGAAAAACAUAUUGAAUCCAAUAAUUGUAAAGUGACUACUAACAAUAAUGAUCAUGAAAUGUUGACAGAAUUCGUUUAA